AUGGGAAUUCUAGGCAACCGGUCUUCCGUCGAUGAAUCGAAGACUUCCGAUGCGGAGGAUGAGACUACCGUCGUUGAGCCAGAUCAGGGGAAUGUUCUCUCCCACAUCAUCUCACAGCUCCGUCCUGGAGCGGAUUUGAGCCGCGUCGUUUUGCCUACCUUUAUUCUCGAGCCAAGGAGUAUGCUGGAAAGAAUUACGAACUUCAUGGCCCAUCCGGAAACUCUGCUUCCCAUGGCAGAAUUAGAAGAUCCUUUGCAAAGAUUUGUGUCGGUUGUGAAGUUCUACUUGAGUGGAUGGCAUAUUAAACCUCCAGGGGUUAAGAAACCGCUCAAUCCUAUUCUCGGCGAAAUUUAUACUUGCUACUGGCAAUUUCCAGACGGCACUAAGGGCUACUACAUUUCUGAGCAGACCUCACAUCACCCUCCCAAGUCGAGCUACUUUUACAUGGCGCCCGAGCACAAUAUACGAAUUGAUGGAUGCUUGAAGCCUCGAAGCAAAUUCUUGGGCAAUUCUGCGGCCAGUAUGAUGGAGGGCAUUGCUAUAUUGAGGUUUUUGAAUAGAGGAACUGGACCCAAGGGAGAACGAUAUAUUCUGACCCAACCCAACAUGUACGCUCGAGGCAUCCUGUUCGGCAAGAUGAAGUAUGAGCUUGGCGAUCAUAGUUUUGUGCGCUGCCCGGAGCUCGGAUUGAGUGCGGAUAUUGAAUUCAAGACGAAGGGCUACUUUGGAGGAACAUACAAUGCUAUUGGGGGUACGAUUAAAAAUGACAAGACAGGGGAAGUUCUCUAUGAGCUCUCGGGUAUGUGGAGUGGAGAGAUGUUUAUCAAAAAUAUCAAGACGGGUAAGAAAGACCUUUUAUUCGAUGCUACGAGAGCGAGACCAUCACCUCCGUUAGUAAGGCCUUUAGAAGAACAAGAAGAUCGAGAAUCGCAAAAGUUAUGGUUCAAGACGGCAAAAGCGGUCAAGGAACGCAACCACGAAGUCGCGACAGAUGAGAAGACAUUCAUUGAAGAUAUGCAGAGGGAUGAGGCAGCCAAGAGAGUAGAAGAUGGUGUUGAAUGGACUCCAAGGUUGUUUAGACCAGUUAAAGGUGGUCCCGGCGGUUCCGAAGAAGGUGAAGAAGACUUGGAUUGGAUCUUGAAUGCGAACAUUAAUGGCGCCAGUCCACAAGAACAGGCGGAGCAAAUCCUCGCGGUUUAUCCAAUCCUUCCAGGUCAGAAAUCCACGGAGAAAAACCCUAUUCCCCCACAGCAUCACCAACAUACAGAACAGGCCAACCCAAUACCAGCACCGGUACCAGCGGCAACAACUCCAGUCUCACUAUUGCCUCAGGAGAAGGACAAGGAGAAUCUCAUUGAUCUAGGAAGUGACUCGCCAGCCACAUCUCACUAUCAACAUGUACCAGCUGAUCUCCACGCAGCCCAGACGCAAAAUAACGGACAGCAACAAAAGGAUCUCGAGCGUACCCUCCAAUCUACUAGUACAGUACAAGGCCAAAACCAGAGCCCGUUAAUUGACUUUCACGACGACCUAAGGAAAGAUUUACCAACAGCUACUGACACCCAAGGGACCGCAGCCUCCACGCUGUAUCGACAGGACACGGACACUCAUAGCAUUGAUGAGUUUGUAGAUGCUGAGGGAUGA